AUGUUCGCCGAGCCCGCCUGGGACCGCGAUGCGGGGGGCGCCCCCGACCCCGCUCCCCGUCCCGCUCCCCGUCCCCGCCCCGCGCCCGCGCCCGCGCCCGCGCCCGGGCCCCGCCGCCUCCGCGCGCUGCUGCGGCGCCUGGAGGCCUCGGGCCGCUGCGACCGGGACGGGGACGGGGACGGGGACCGGGACGGGGGCAGCAGCUCCGGCUCCGAGCACGAGGCCGCCACGCGCCCCCGGCCCCGGCCCCGCGCUCGUGCUCCAAGCUGCCGGGAGCAGCAGCCGGAGCCGAAGCCCGAGCAGGAGCAGGAACAGGAGCCGGAGCCGGAGCCGCGGCUGAGCCGGCAGCAGUGGAGGAACCGGCAGAAGAACAAGCGGCGGCAGAAGAACAAGUUCAAGGCCCCGGGGGAAGCACAGCCAGACCCUGAUCCGGAGUCACACCCGGAGCAGGAGCAGGAGCGGGUCUCGGGGCGCGCGGCGGCGCUGCGGGCCCGCAUGGAGGCGCGGCUGGAGGCCGCCCGGUUCCGCUACCUGAACCAGCAGUUGCAGGCGGGCAGCAGCCGCCAGGCCGCCCGCCUGCUGCAGCGCGACCCCGAGGCCUUCGCCCUCUACCACCGCGGCUUCGCGCGGCAGGCGGCGCGCUGGCCCGAGCAGCCCGCGCAGCGCGUCGUGCGCUACCUGCGCCGCCGGCCGGCUUCGCUGGUGGUGGCCGACCUCGGCUGCGGCGACUGCCAGGUGGCGCGUGGCGUGCGCAACACGGUGCACUCCUUCGACCUCGUGGCCCUGCAGCCCGGCGUCACCGUCUGCGACAUGGCCGAGGUGCCACUGGGCGACGCUUCCGUGGACGUGGCCGUGUUCUGCCUGUCGCUGAUGGGCACCAACCUACAGGAGAUCCUGGAGGAGGCCAACCGCCUGCUGCGGCCAGGCGGCACCCUGCUGGUGGCAGAGGUCGCCAGCCGCUUCCUGGACGUCCGCACCUUCGUCAGUGCCGUGACCCAGCUGGGCUUCAAGAUCGUCUCGAAGGACCUGGCCAACAACUUCUUCUACUUUUUCGAGUUCAGCAAGACGGGGCGGCCCCAUGCGGGGGCCACGCUGCCCGGCCUGCGGCUCCGGCCCUGCCUCUACAAGAAGCGCUGAGCUACAGGGGACAUCCUGCCCCCCUGCGCUGCCGGGGGCCCCUGCGGCCUGCGGGCCGGGCCGGGAACCCCUUUUCCCUGUGGUCAAUAAAGUUGUUGUUGUUGAUGAUGAAA